UGUGAUUGUUUAAAGUGUUCGAAACAUUCCAAAUGUAGGUGCAGUUCAUGUACUGAAUAUUUCUGAUGUGAAAUCCAAGAAACCAAAGUGUCGGAAUUAUAUCAAGUGGACAAGUUGUUCGAGAACGACGGCGAGAGUAACAGGGAAUUGUGUGAAGUUUUCCACCAUAGGCUACCGCCAUCCUGUAUAAAUCGAACUCGUCAUUGUGGCUUUCUUAAACUGGAGAUAGUGUAAUCGUGUGCGAGUUUGUUUGGAACAGUUACCAUUUACUAGUGCGCAAAACUACAUCAGUCGGACAAAACGGAGGCGCCUGGAAUCAUCAACAAGAUGGGCGACCACGGCCCUGAUAUGAACACGCUGGAAACAGAUUAUGUUGUGCUCAUUUCAGUGGUACCGGCCGUUCUGGGCUUGACGGCGGCCGCCAUAUUGGCUGUUACCGCCUGCUUCUGUGCCAGACGCUUCCGGCGGCAGCAUAAGAAAACUAGUAACGAGGCUUCGUCCUUGCCGUUCCAACCACCGCGUCCGCCGAAAGCGGUCCGUUCCCCGAGUGGUCAACCACCACAAUAUCUGAAGAAGUCACCGUCACCGACUAGCAUCAAGCCACUACCGGGCCACUUGCCGGCUCAAUCGCCGACCGAGCAACCGACCGUCCUGACCACUACGACGACCGUGGUUCCGCCGACCAAGUAUACCGAGGAGAACGAGCUAAUUCCGAAGAAUGCGCAGUUGGAACCGAAAUCACCAGAUGUAUCGGAGCUAGGAGAGUCGACUGGGGAGCACGGUGAGAUUGAGAACGGCAAGCUUGGAACGAUUGUUUUCAAGCUGCGCUAUCUGGCCGAUCGAAGCGCCUUGGUCGUGUCGGUCGUUCGCUGCCGCGGAUUACCCGGAAAGAAUCACAACUCGAUGACCGCUGAUUUGAGUGCUUUGUCGACCGGCUCUCUGUGUAAUGGCUCCGCAAAUGGCAAGCAAACGGCCACCGAUCCGUACGUUAAGUUACAGCUGCUGCCUGAGAAGCAGCAUAAGGUGAAAACAAGAGUCCUGCGCAACACACGCAAUCCGGUGUACGAUGAAGAUUUUACCUUCUACGGCUUGACGCUGAGUGAGCUGUCCGGUAUGUCUCUUCACUUCGUGGUGCUGAGCUUUGAUAGGUACAGCCGCGACGAUGUUAUCGGAGAGGUGGUUUGCCCUCUGAACGGAAUCGACUUGCAGCAGAUCGAGAAUCAACAGGUUGCGCUGAGCCGUGAAAUACAGCCUCGUAGCUUGAAAAUACGCGCUCAGGGACGCGGUGAGCUGCUGAUUUCGCUUUGCUGGCAACCGGCCGCCGCCCGGCUGACCGUGGUAUUGCUUAAGGCACGCAAUCUCCCCCGGAUGGAUGUUACCGGACUGGCAGAUCCGUACGUUAAGAUCUAUCUUCUGUACAAUGGACAACGGAUUGCCAAGAAGAAGACACAUGUCAAGAAACGAACGCUCAGUCCGGUUUUCAACGAGAGCUUUGCAUUCGACAUCCCAACGACCGAAGGUGCGGGCACCUCGCUGGAGGGAGUUUCGCUCGAACUGAUGCUGCUGGACUGGGACCGUGUCACGAAAAACGAGGUUAUUGGCCGCCUAGAACUGGGUGGACCGCGAAGCAACGGGUCGGCUUUGAACCACUGGAAGGAAGUUUGUAACUCUCCCCGUCGUCAGAUUGCGGACUGGCAUAAACUUCGCGAGUAAACCUCCGAUCGGUUCGUGUCGGAAUAAUGAUUCCGGGGGGUUAUUAUGAUAUGUUGCAAUAUGAAACUAUAUAGUCCUCCCCGGAAACUGCUCGCGUCAGUAUCCUUUCGUACACUCUGACUUUAGUGAGAAAUCACUACAAAUUGCUGCAAAAUAUGUUGUUAUGGGGGCACAUCUGGUGGUCAAGGAUAUUUUAUGCAAAAAAUUAAAGCUAUAAAAACACGAGAGAGCAUACUUAUAAAAAACCAUAUAGAACCAUUUCAUUGACGCAUCCAGUACAGUAGAGUGCAACUCAAAGGGCAUUUCGAUUGCGAGAGUAAAAAUAUAACUACGCACGUUGUGGAACUUAAACAUCCAAAAGCAAUUAAGCACCCAAAGAAAUACAUUGCAGGAAACAAAAAAACGUCACAUUAAAAUCACAACCAACCACAUCGGUUACCACGCGAAUAGGGAAAACGAACCGGAAAUCUCUAACACUUCAUGCUGCUAAACUGAAUUGUAGUGAAACGAGCUUUCGAUGGCUAUCGUAGAUGCUAACCCAACAUCGCUGCGAAGAGAACUCAUGCACGCAUUGUGGAAGAGGUACCGCCGAACAGUACAGGCAAUAGAGGCAGUAAGCAGAUUGAUAUUCGUCGCAAAAAAGUAAAAUAAUAGAAACCAAAAUAACCCACACAUCCAACUGAUAAAGGCACUUAGUAGGGAUAACGGAACAUUGUCGCUCCUUUUCUACUAGGGCUUUGAUUUUGAGCUGCGAAGGCAACUUUGUGGAAUUGACCCGAAAAUGAACAUAAUUUUGGUCUCUGCAGAGUUGGAUCAAGUGAGUCGUUUCAAAGAGCUUUCGGAUUGCAGGCACUUUUCUCCCCCACUUUUAUCCUGUCUGUCUUGUGUAGUACGUUAGAGAGUUUGGACACCAUAUACUCAAUAAUGCCUUUGCAAAGGAACCUAUUAUCUGGAACAACUAGGAUGAGUGUUGGCGAAUGCUAUCCUGUGAGCUGUGCUUCAGUAGAAAUCAUAAAACUUUGCCUAUUUUGUGCAAGAAAUAUGAUAUUCUCUUGACUAAACAGAACAUAGAAAAGAGUAAAUAUAAUCAAAUAUAAAUUUACAAAUGACAUGGAAAAAAUCCUUCGCAAAAUGCCCUAACCCAAAUGUACUGCAUCCGUGAUGAGGCCCUUGCACUAACUUUACCUAAAUUUUCUGUAGGGAUAAUUUGGAACGUAGCCACCUAAUACCUGAUAUAAACAAAACAAAGACAGUAUUUGUAGCCAGUAUAUACAAAUGCCGAAUGAAGUGUUGUUUCUAAAACGAAAAAAAAAAAUCGCAACGGAUGGAUAAAGGAAGAUGGUUGGUAGGAUUAAACACGGGUUUCGAAUAUGAAAAAGAAGCGAAACAUAACGGUCUAAGCUGUUGGAAUGGUACCGACUUAAAAAAGGUAAAGCAAGUGUUUGUGAGUUGUAUAUUAGAAAUAUUCUUAAAUUCCUGUUCGUUGUUUUGGUUUACCCUUGUUUAGUAUUGCUCAGUUGCAGCAUUAAACUGCAUUACGCUAUUAAUUCUUUGGCGUUAAUGUAAAUAAUUCUGUCAGUGAUUAAUUAUCGUAGCAAAGGAUCUUUAAUUUUCCUAUGCUUUAUAUUAUUUUCUAUUUACUCACGCGUACAAACUUUGGAUAGGCGCAAAUCAAAUACCGUAGUAGCGUGCUGUGACUAAGUUAGAGCAUUUGUAUUUAUCGAUUAGUGAUAGUUUUCAGUUAAUGGAGUCGUCGGAUAGGAGGAAUGCAUCUGGAGAGCAAACGUAGUGCAGUAAGUUACAGAUACAGACUUUAUCGAGGCUUUCGGUUCAUCAGUAAAAUCAAACAGGAUGAUUGGUUUCGUUUGUCGAGGAUCGUGAAGCAAGAAUAAAAUCUCAGCUAGACAAAACAAGGUAAUGCAUAAUCUCUGAAAAACAUAAAAUGUGUACCGCGUAGAUAUAAGCCAUUUGACGGAAUGUAUAACCAUCGAAAGUUAAUUAUCGGAGUAGUCUUGACAAGUGACACCACCAGAGAAGAAGAGAAGUGAAGUUCUACCCAAAAUUUAUUGUUGAUCGGUUUUCUAUGUUUGUUCCCAAUUGGUGAUCGGUUAACUAUCGACGCAACUAAGAUAACCAACCAAUAGCUUGGCUCCUUAGCAUCCUCAGUCGCUUAGUUCUGCGUUCUUAGUAUCCACGCGUUAUUUUGCAACAGAUCUCCAGAGAAAGACUAGCGCAUUGAUUGAAUCAAUCGCAUGGCUAUCAACUGCACGCUACGAGGCAACUGCAAAAUCGCUAGUAGAGUCGAUUUCACCGAUAGUUCUGCAGUGUGUGUGUAUAUACAUAACAAAGCUAUACUCUAUUUUAUGUUAUGAAAUCAGUACAAUAUAAAGUGGUAUAAUAAAAUCCUAA